AUGGAGACCGUGACCUCCGCAAUGGACGAGCUGCUCAGAGUAGCUCAAUUGGGCGAACCGUUGUGGGUGGCGAGCGUGGAUCGCCACAACUAUGUGUUGAAUGAGGAGGAAUAUUUCCGGCUCUUCACCGGCCCCAGAAAGGAAGGGUUCCAAGCUGAGGCGACGCGUGAGUCUGCUAUGAUUUAUUCCGCUGCUUCCGAUCUUGUCACCAUUCUCAUGGAUGUGGAGCAAUGGGCAAAUGUGUUUUCAGGAGUAGUUUCAAGAGCAACCAACUUGCAAGUGGUUUCAUCUGGACAAGAGGGAACAUACAAUGAAGUCGUGCAAGCGAUGAAUGUGGAGUUUCACGUUGCAUCGCCGGUGGUUCCGACACGCCAAAGCUACUUUGCGCGAUAUUGUCGACAACACGUGGACUCAACGUGGGCUAUAGUUGAUGUCUCUUUGGAUCACUUACAUCCUACUCUCUUCAAUAUGUGUCGGAGAAGACCUUCAGGUUGUCUCAUUAAAGACAUGCCUAGUGGUUAUUCCAAGGUGAUAUGGGUGGAACAUGUAGAAGUUGAAGGAGGUGGGGUCCACAGCAUGUACAAGCCACUAAUCAGAGCCGGUCUGGCUUUUGGAGCACAGCGAUGGCUUGCGAUUCUCGACGGAUACUGCCAACGGAUUGCCAACGGAUCCGUUCCUUUGGACGUUAUCGGUUUUUUAGUGGGGAGUGGCAGGGAAAGUUUGUUGAAGGUAGCAGAGAGGAUGGUGAGGGGAUUUUGUCGCGGAGUAAAUGCCUCAGUUGCAAAUACAUGGACAACCCUAUCUGGGUUGGAUAACUUGAGUGACAGUGUCAAGAUGAUGACCCGCAAAAAUGUGGAUGACCCGACCACUCCUUUAGGCUUCCAACUCACCAUGGCUACUUCAUUUUGGCUCCCCACCCCGCCCAAAAGGGUCUUCGAUUUUCUUCGUGAUGGCAACACCAGAAAAGAGUGGGACAUGCUCUUAUUUGGAGAAGAUAUAGAAGAAAUGGCUCAUAUUGUAACUGGCAAUGAAGAUGGAAACCUUGUUACAAUGUAUCAAGUCAAGGAUACGAAUCAAAACUCGAAGCAAACUAUAUUGUUGCAAGAAAGUCGCAAAGACUUGACCGCAGCUUACGUGAUCUACGCCCCAAUCGACAUGGUUAGUGCGGACACGAUUCUGUGCGGUGGUGAUCCAAGUAGCAUACCCAUACUCCCGUCGGGAUUCACCAUUCUUCCCGAUGGGCCCAUUCGCGGUGGCCGCCCCACGCCUCAUGGGGAAACCGGGGGAUCUCUUUUGACAUUAGCCCUUCAGGUUAUGGUGGAUCCUGCUCCAGAUGCAAACAUUUCUCCUGCCUCAGUUUCAAUGGCUAACCAAAUCAUUUGUGACAUGGUGGAUAAAAUUAAAGAAACUUUGAUUUCCUGA